UUCGCCGCAUUGCUCGGCAUUGCUGUCGAAAAUGGCGUCGAGUUCGGAGCUGCUGGAGUAUUCGUCCCCAGUGAAACGUCGUAGGAUCGAUGGCGGCGAGCACGAGGUGAAGGCCGUCACGACCCUGGAGGAGCCCCGGCUCGCCGAGACACCGUGUGACAGCCCGCACGAUGAGCUCGAAGAAAUACUUGGUGCAGACAGUGGAUUUAAUGAACUGAGUGAUGAAUCUAAAUCUAUAUCCAUAUCUCCUGCAAUUACAAAUCUGAAAUCACCAUCAUCUAGAAUUGAUUCCGCUAGUAAUGGUACUGGUUGCACAAUCGAUACUACAGACGAGAAAGACGAGAUGUCCUCUACUGUCUCAAAUUUAUCAGAUUUAUCAGGUUUGUCUGAUCUUUCUGGAGAUGCAGAAGUCAGUCACCAAUGGAGAAAUGCUUCUUCAUGGAUUCAGAAGCAGAUGUUGACAGGUGCAGAUCCAAGGGACCUCUUACAUCAUCUUCUCAUGGAUUCCACAUUGAUUCCUGAGCAAGUUGAUGAUUUUACAUUAUGGAAGAUUAUAAUCAAUAUGAUGUCAGAACCUCCAAGACGGCAAAAGCUUAGACAUAUAAAUACCUUAUCGGAUGCGGUGCGAUUAAUUCGCAAUAGCAAGAAAAUUAUAGUCUUGACUGGUGCAGGUGUUAGUGUCAGUUGUGGCAUUCCUGAUUUUAGAAGUAAAGAUGGUAUUUAUUCGAGAUUAGCACAGGAUUUUCCAGACUUACCAGACCCACAGGCCAUGUUUGACAUUAAUUAUUUUAGUCAAGAUCCCAGGCCAUUUUACAAAUUUGCAUGCGAAAUCUAUCCAGGACAAUUUAAACCCAGCCCAUGUCACAGGUUCAUCAAAAUGUUAGAGAAGCAGAAAAAACUUUUGAGGAACUAUUCACAAAAUAUUGAUACUUUGGAACAAGUGGCUGGUAUUAAAAAUGUAAUUGAAUGCCAUGGCUCUUUUGCCACUGCAUCGUGUACAAAAUGUAAAUACCAAGUGAAAGCAGAUGAUGUUAGAGAAGAUAUCUUCGCACAAAGGAUACCUACGUGCCCGAAAUGCCGCAUCAACGCGUUGCCUUCUCUAUCCGAAAUUAACUGCAGCGAGAAUUACAGAGACUUGGUAUCGCAAGGUAUAAUGAAGCCAGAUAUCGUUUUCUUCGGUGAAGGACUCCCAGAUGCUUUUCAUGAUGCGAUGGCCAAAGACAAGGAUGAUUGUGAUCUUCUAAUCGUAAUUGGUUCGUCCUUGAAGGUUCGGCCGGUAGCUCUAAUUCCGUCGUCCAUUCCAUCACAUGUACCACAGAUUCUCAUUAACCGAGAACCAUUGCCACAUCUCAAAUUCGAUAUUGAGCUAUUAGGCGAUGGUGACAUUAUUAUAAAUCAAAUAUGCCAUUUGUUGGGUGAUGUUUAUAAAGAGGUCUGUUGGUAUGAUAAAAUCUUGAAGGAAGCUUCACAACUUCUGUCAUUACGUCAUUUGUCUGAUAUGUGGGAACAGAAUCAAGAUACAACGAGCAACACUGAAAUAUCACGAGAUAGUACAGAAAUUGAUUUCAAGUCACAAAACAUAACUUCGACUGAAAAUCAAAAUAAUCUAUUGAAGACUACAAAUGCAAUAUCACAUCAUAUGGAAAACAUCAAUGUUUGCAUGCCAUCUUUCCAUACUGGUCAAUGUAUCAAAAAUGCAGAGGAAAGUUUAAAUCUUUUUGGAGAGAGUCCAAAGAGACGAUCAGGUGAUACUAGUGUAGAGAACAGUUCCAAAAGAAUGAAUUUUGAUAGCACAUGUGAAUCGAAAAGUUCCGUAUCAUCGACAAAAAUAAAUGUUGAAUCUGCAAUGACUUCAUUAGAAAAUAGAUUUCAUGUUGCAUCAAUGUCGAGAGAGAAUUUCACAGAAGAAUGUCAGGUGGUAUCAGUAACAUUAUCUCUUUCUUCAGAAGCUAUUAUAAACGAAAAUACCUUAUCAUAUAAAUCGCUAGACAAUUGUGAAAAAUCAAACAACUAUGACAAUACUGUAAUGACAAAUGCUGCCGAGUCAGACAAAUUGACACCAAAGCCUAGGCAAGUGUCAGUAGAUUCUAUGUUGGAUUCUGGCAUGGGUGACAGCUGUAAUAGUAUCGAUAGCACAGAAGAGAAAUUCGAUAUUGCCGAAUUGAAGAACAGAAGUUUAGAAAGGCAUUGCUGGCAACCAAAAAUUCGAGAGAGCCUCGCCAUCAGGUUACCAGAAAACUCGUAUUACCAAUUGGCGCCAGGUAGAUACAUCUUUCCUGGUGCAGAGGUCUAUUCCGAACCUGAAGAUUAUGAUCAGUGUUCUUUUUCGGCAAAUUCUGAGAGCACAGAUAGCGACAGCGAUUCUUCUUUAGAAGAAGAAGAAGAGGAUGAAGAGGAAGAAACAUGUGCCGAUGAUGAUUUGUCGGAAGGAGCGGACGCUGAUGUUGACGGCCAAAAUAAUGACGUGAAAUGGGCGAGUGAUUCUUGUAGUGCUGAACAGCAUUGAAUUCGAGCUACGCCCGUUCGGGUUGUGGUUAGUUUCGAUCAUUGUUUCUUUAUUGAUUUUUAUAAAAGUUUGUUGAGAUUAUUUAUAUAGAAUGAUAACAGUGCAAUUUUUAUCGGCUCGAUUACGAAGCGAGAUAUAUAUGUUAAAUGUUACAUGUAACAGAGCCCACAAUGCACAUAACUGCUCUUGUUUAUUUAAUCGAAAGUUGGGAUAUUUCUUUCGAAUUUUUCUCUAGUUCAAGUAACACAAAUUGAGGGAUUAGUUAAGCACAAAACUCCACGUAUUUUUCUUGUUUUUACUUUAAAUAAUUGUUAUUGAAUACAAAUUUGCAGUGCCCAUGAUAAAAUGUAUAUAAGGUAUCAUUAAUCAUAUAAACGAAAUAUAUCACCUUCCCUCGAUUCGCAUUCUAAUAACACAACUAAUAGUUGUUUUUGUCUAUAUAAAGAUCAUAUGUGGAAAUGAUCAAAACUGCUUGUAGCUUAAUGUAUUAUUCUAUAAUGUAUGAAUUAGUCUAUUUAACCUACUUUAUACUCGUACAAUGUAUAUAUCGAUAUUUCAGCUUGUCUUUUGAUUGCAAGAGACAAAGUGAGAGUGUGACAUAAUAUUAAAAGAAACUACGCAUUUUUUCCUAAUUGUGCGAUAACGUGUAAAUGAGAUUAAUCUAAAAAUAAUUCCCAGUUGAUAAAAAUCGCGAAUUAUUGCAUCUAUUGUAAUAUUUUAAACGAUGCAAAUUUCUUUUUAGCUGCACGAUCUUACACUCUUAUUGUGUUUAAUUAAAGUAAAACAAUCAUGAAUGAAAGAAGAUGAAAGAAAAUAGAAAAAAUGUAGAAAAAUGCAACCAAAAUUGACAGAUCUAAUUUUGUGAAAAUAAUCUAUAAUGUUCUUUUAUUAUGAGAAUGCAUGUAAUCAUAUUUUAAGCACAUAUAAACGGAAUAACAUGGAAAAUAUCCUUAUUGAAACUGUAAAUCUAUAAUAAUUUGAGCCAAAUAGCUUUCUUUGUUAUUCCUAAUAUGAGUACUUUGAUUGAUGAAUAAUAAUGGAAAUAGUAUAUUUUAUUUAAUGUAUACUACUUUAAUAGUAUACUUUAUUUAUAUAAUACACAAAACAACAUGUAAACAAAUUAUACUGUGACUAAUACUGUGCUAAACUAGUAUUGAUUAAAAAUUGAAUCCUAUUAAUUUCAUAUUAUUACGUGCAUUAUGCUAUUUCUGUUAUUAUAAUUAGGAUCGUUAGUAUUAGUCGAGAUCUUCUUUCAUUACAAACUUGGGAAAGAGAGCUGGGAUGAUAGCUUGGGAUGAUAGCUAAUUACAAAUAGUAUAUUUCUAUUAUAAAUGGAAUUGAAUUUUUUAAUACAGUUUUUUAUUUAAUUAUAAGAUAUAUUUGCAAUAAUUAUUGACAUUAAGAAGGAUCGAUUGAAUUUUUAAUAAAUAAGUAAUAACUGUAUCUUAUCUUUAUCGGUCGACACGUUGGCAAUCACGCACUCACAUUCUACCAUUAAGUUAUAUUAAUAGCUUCUCGCGUCCCGAUAAUAAUCGUCAUAAUUCUGCAAUGAGAACACACUCUCUUUAGAUUCGUUAAGUUCAACUUUGUUUCAUUGGAGCACGGGCGAAUGUACAAAGCAAUGUUGGAUAGCUUCGCAUUGCAUGUUAUUUUUAUAUGAGCCAGAAGAAAGAAAAUAGAAUAGCGAAUUUACAAGAUUAAAAUAAAAUGAUGUAAUAAUGUUUGACAAACCGUCGUUAUAAUCCGCAGCCGCAGAUGCAUAAUUGAACGAAACAUAUGUGUAAUCAUAAAAACAAAACGAA